UUAUUUCGCUUUAGUUAAUGCUACAUUUGUGUAGUUUCUUGUGGUGGCGUACUGUAAGAUUUAAAGUACUUACCGCGGUAUCACCUAGCGAACCUUAGCUAACGUUACUGUUAAUAGAGAGAUAAUCGAUUAGCUUUUAGCGUUAGCUGAGUUUAAAGCGACUGCUUUUAUCCAACUUGACACUCGGCUGUCUCACAAGGAGAAGUCGGAGAAUCAGGGAACUGAUGGCUUCAUCGAAACCAUGCUCACUUUACCUGAGAAGCACCUCAGCCGUUUCCCUCAAUGAGCGCAGCUUCUCUCAGAUUCUUGUGGACCAGCUGACCCAGCCCACAAUGGUGAACUUAAACCCCAUCCUGCAGCAGCAGGGGACGGUGUUCGGCACCCCGCCAACGGUCCUGCUGGUGAGGAAGAAGCAGGUGAGUCACAGACCGAUGAGAGCAACAGGUGGCCCAGGCUGGAGGUGCAGGAAGAGGAAGAGGAGGAGUGUCUGGACUCGACUUGGCUGGCGGCAGGUGACUUGUUGCUGCUCUGCCUCCAGACCUCGAGGUUUCUGGAGCUUCAUGAACAAGUACAGAUGGAGACCCAGGUUCACUUCUACCUACAGGAGCAGACGUAACCUACAGAGCCAACUCGGACAGCAUCUACUCCAGGGGAACACGAACAUCCUGACAAUGACUGCAGGACAACACUUGAGUCUGCACCUGUCGAAGGGCAGGGUCACUGCCUCGAGGGAGUGUGACCUGAGCAGAGACAAGGUACCAACCAAGAUGCAGCUGGAUGCACAGCUGGACGAGUACAUGUCCAUGUCCAGGAGCCGUUUGGAUGCUGAGCUGGACGAGUACAUGUCGAUGGCUGGGGAGACACAGCUAUACUCGGACUGAGACACUGGAGGGGCAGGGAAACAGUUUCUGAAGCGUUCUGGACUCAGACUGGUUAAUUUUCUUAUCUUAGUGUUCAGCUGUUGACUGAAGCAGCAGUUUUCUUUAGAGACUGAGUGAAGGUGAUCCCAGUACAGUGUCACCAUGUUUAGUUUUACUGGAGAUUAGCUCUUUUCUUUGUUUGUGUUGCUUUGUGUUGUUACUGUUCUGAUCAGGUGUAUACUUCACUGACCACUCUGUGUUGGAAUAUUUUCAGUCGAUCAGAUUGUAUUCCUACGUUUAUAAACCUAUUUUAAUAAAUGGGAAGUUACCUGCCGA